GUUAAUAACAAUCCAUUGAAAGACACAUAAUGAGAGCAGUUUCGACUCUCAAGAACUCACAAAUCAGAGUUUUAAGCAAAUUAAAAACAAGAAUCUAAAAAGACAGACAUAGGAGAAACGUUAUGUCUCUCUUUCUCUCUCUUUAUUAAUCAAUGCUAUGUUGCUUCUUUUAUUUUUUCCAACUGUUUUCAAGCGUUUUAAUUACAUUUACAUAUUUAAGAAUCUGAGAUUCCUUGUUCUUAGUUCUGCAGUUCCUUGAGAGCUUUGGAAUUGAAAGCAGAGCUUUGAGAGAUAUGGGAUGUUCUCAUUCCAAGUUUGAUGACGAUGAAGCUGUUCAGAUCUGCAAAGAUAGGAAACGUUUCAUCAAGCAAGCUGUGGAACAUCGGACUGGUUUUGCUUCUGGCCACAUUGCUUAUAUUCAGUCUCUGAGAAAUGUUUCAGACGCUCUUCGUGAAUAUAUUGAAGGAGAUGAGCCACAUGAGUUCUUCUUGGACACAUUUGUCACUCCAGUGAAGAGAACGAGCAGCUCAGACGGUUUCAUCGAGAUAUCAUCUCCUCCUUCAAAAAUGAUUCAGAACGAGGCUGAGUCUAAUUUGAAUGUCAAUUACUUGAUGGCUAGUAGAAGCAGACCUGUUCGGGUUGAAGAAAGGCCUCUUAUGUCACCUGAGACUUUCCAGGUUGAGAGUUAUGAAGCAGAUAGUUUCUUUGGGAUGAACAUGAACAUGGUGAACUCUCCUCAGCGUAGUCAUGGUUUAGGUAGCCACAAUAUACCGCCUCCUUCGCCACAGAACUCUCAGUGGGACUUCUUUUGGAAUCCAUUCUCGUCAUUGGAUCACUAUGGAUACAGUUAUGAUAGUAACCAAAGUGGUAUGGAUGAUGAGAUGAGACGGCUGAGGCGGGUUCGGGAGGAAGAAGGGAUUCCAGAUCUUGAAGAAGACGAAUAUGUAAGGUUUGAGCAUCAUCAUAACAUGAAAGCAACAGAAGAUUGUAAUGGGGAUAGAAUGGAUCAAGAAGAUAAAGUAAAAGAUGUUAAUGAGACUGAGAAUGCGAGGGACAAGAACUGCAUUAGAGCUCAAGAAGGGGGAAGCAUUGAAGUGUCAAGUGGAGGAACUACAGGGCAUGUUGUUGGAGUUGGAGUUACCACAGAUGAUGCAAAAGGAGAGACACCUGGUUUCACUGUGUACAUGAAUCGACGGCCGACAAGCAUGGGAGAAGUUAUUAAAGAUCUUGAAGAUCAGUUCGGGAUCAUAUGUACAGCUGGUAAAGAAGUCUCAGGUCUGUUGGAAGCUAGUCGAGCUCAAUACACAUCUUCCAGUGACCUCAGCGCCAUGAAAAUGCUGAAUCCAGUAGCUUUGUUCCGCUCGGGCGCCUCAUCAAGAUCGUCUUCCUCAUCAAGAUUCUUGAUCAGCUCUUCUGGAGGUUCCAGGGCGAGUGAAUUUGAAACCAGUAGUGAGUUUUCAGAAGAAUCUUGUAUGCUUUCAGGUAGUCAUCAAUCAACAUUGGACCGUCUAUACGCGUGGGAGAAAAAACUCUAUGAUGAAGUCAAGUCUGGAGAACGGAUACGGAUUGCAUAUGAGAAGAAAUGUUUGGUGCUUAGGAAUCAGGAUGUGAAAGGAGCCGACUCUUCUGCUGUUGAUAAAACAAGAACUAUAAUCAGAGAUCUACACACUCAGAUCAAGGUCUCUAUACACUCAAUCGAGUCUAUAUCCGAAAGGAUUGAGACUCUUCGCGACCAAGAACUGCUUCCGCAACUUCUUGAGCUUCUUCAAGGAUUAGCUCAGAUGUGGAAAGUGAUGGCAGAGUGUCACCAGAUACAGAAGCGAACAUUAGACGAAGCCAAGCUAUUACUUGCAACCACACCUUCUAACCGUUACAAGAAGCAACAACAGACUUCACUGCCGGAGAUCAACUCUCAAAGAUUAGCUCGAUCGGCUUUAAAUCUCGUGGCUCAGCUUAGAAACUGGAGAACCUGCUUCCAAGCAUGGAUCACAUCCCAGAGAUCCUACGUACUGUCUUUAACAGGCUGGUUACUCAGAUGCUUCAGAUGUGACCCUGAUCCAGAUAAAGUCAGAUUGGUCUCUUGUCCUCACCCUAUCUAUGAAGUAUGUAUUCAAUGGUCAAGGUUGCUCAACGGGUUGAACGAGAAGCCGGUGGUAGACAAACUCGAUUUCUUUGCCUCUGGGAUGGGUGCAGUAUAUGCUAGGCAGCUUAGGGAAGACCCAUCUCCAGUAACAGAUGGUUCAAGGAAGUACUCAGGACCAGAGAGCAUGGAGCUUGUUGAAGCUGACAAGGUGGAAGAAGAGAAGAUGAUGGCUGCUGAGAAACUAGCUGAGAUUGCAGUUAAAGUACUCUGCCAUGGAAUGUCAGUUGCAGUGAGCUCACUAGCUGAGUUUGCCAUAAGCUCGGCUGAUGAACACUCGAAGCUCAUUAACCAUCCAGAGAACACAAUGCCAGAGCAAACUGAGAUGUAAAACUUUAGUAUUCUCAACUUCUCAUUUAUUUAUUUAUUUUUUCCUUUGGGUUAAAGAAGGUUAGGCUUUUAGCUAGGCUAGUUUAGCUCUGGGAGCUGCAUCUUUGAUUUAGAUGUGUGGCAAUAUGUGUAUUAUUAUUAAGACACAUAAGAGUUAGUUCAGUAAGACUUCCAGUUCCAGUUUGGGAUCUAGUUACUCGGAUUCUAUGAA